AAUAGGUUUGCUGCACACACUAAAUGAAAAUUAGAACAAGGAUAUUAGAAUAUUUCGUUACUUACUACAAGGAAGUUUAGUGCCUCAUACGUGGAAGUUUAGUGCCUAAUAUAUGGGGCUUAAUACAUGGACUUUUAGUGCCUAUUUCAAGGAAGUUUAGUGCCUAAUACAUGGGGCUUAAUACAUGAACAUUUAGUGCCUAAUACAAGGAAGUUAAGAGCCUAAUACAUGAAUAUGAUACAAGUAUAGGAAAGUGAACACCCGAAUGUCCAUAUACUGAUAGCAAAUGUGUGUGGUUUUAUAUCAUAAAUGUCAUCAGAUUAUGAAAUAACGCGAAAUUAUGGAAGUGCUAUAAUUAAGGCAACUAACUAUGCUGUAGCCGCGCCUUUUAGGAAAACGAUUUAUGAAAAAUCAUAAAGCUCAGCUUGACAAAAUAGACUAUGUCUACGAGCACAUAAUGCAGAGGAUGUAAAAUAUUUGUAGGAUUAAUUUCACGCUGCAGCAUAAGUGACAAAUAUUGUAAAUACGACGUCCAUGAAUUUUAAACACAGGAAAUCCAGCUAAUUUCGGAACAUCAACAACCCUUCGUUACGGCUAUCUAGCCUGGAAAUUUUGUUCCAAAGGAUGCAUCGAUUUUCCACCGCGAGCUAGCAGCGCCACAUCCUGUCUCAUAGCCAGCGAUUGAAAGACCAAUAGAACUCUCUCGCAUUAAUUGGUGUUGAAAUAAAAAGAAUUGUUAUAAUUGUGAAUUAGACUUAAAGUGAUGCUUUGAUCUGAAAAAUCGCGAAAAGGUUGCUUGAUAAAUGCUGAUAUAGCUUAAAUAGAUUUAUCUUUGUUGGAAGGAUCGAUUUAAUAGUAUUAGAAUGCUUUGAUAUUGUUGUGUGCCUAGUGAAGACACGCGCUAAUAUUGUUCUGAACUCAGGUAUCGUGGGAGAUUUAAUCAAUGAGCCACACAAUAUAUCAAUUCUAAAAUUUACAUUAGUUAAUUGAAAGGGUGUGCAUGUUGAAAUAAACGCGUUCCCCAGUGUGAAACGGAUUAAUAGUGGGUUCGCUGUGGAGGACUGGUGCUCAAAACGCGAAUAUUUAGUGCUCAGUUUGAUUGCAAUAUAAUCAAAUCAUUCAUUAAAUACCAGAACAAUGAAUCUCGAAAUACCUGAUGGACUAGGAGACCUUUUGCGUGAUUUCACGGUGGCAGUUUUGCGAGAGAAGCCGCCAGAUAUUUAUGACUUUGCUGUUGGAUAUUUUACAAAGGUGCGGGAAAAUCGUAGGCCAAAAGCUGUGCCUAUGUAUGUUAUUGUUGACGACGAUGAUAUCGGCGAACCAGAUAAAGACACUUUCAAACCUAAAUGUCAACGCCUGAACAGGUACGGCCGCCGUCAGUCUGUGUCAGCCGAGAGGUACGACCCGGAGGAAGAUGAAAGUGACGACGAGAAAACGUGUUACGCUAAAACCGACGAGCAGCGGGAACGGCUCACAGAAGCCGUUAGCAGUAUUCUACUGUUUCGUGCACUUGAACAGGAGCAAAUGCAGGACGUUCUCGACGCCAUGUUUGAAACGGUUGUGAGCGAAGGUGACUAUGUUAUAAGACAGGGUGACGAUGGAGAUAAUUUCUAUGUAAUUGAUUCCGGUCGUUAUGGUGUUAAUGUGAAUGUUAAUGGUGAACAGAAGAAGGUUCACACUUUUGAAGAUAAAGGCAGUUUUGGCGAACUUGCACUUUUAUACAACAUGCCUCGUUCUGCCUCAGUAGUAGCGGAAAAUCGAGGCUCCCUCUGGGCUAUGGAUAGAAAUUCCUUCAGAAGAAUCGUUUUGAAAAGCGCGUUCAAAAAGCGUAAAAUGUAUGAAGAAUUACUGGAAAAUGUUCCAAUUCUAAAGUCACUAGAGCACUAUGAAAGAUCAAACCUAUCUGACGCACUAAUCCCGAAGACGUUCAAGGAUGACCAAUGUAUUAUCCGACAAGGCGAUGAGGCGGACGGGAUGUUCUUCCUAGAGAAAGGAGUAAUUCGGGUCACAAUCAUCAAUCCCAAUGGUGUCGAGGAGGAGCUAGGAGAACAUGAGAAAGGAAAAUAUUUUGGCGAACUUGCUCUAAUAGAAGAUCAACCACGAUCAGCAAAUGUGUACGCAAAAGGCGACGUAAAAGUUGCUUUUCUUGAGAGAGAAUCAUUCGAAAGGCUUCUAGGACCAUGUCUGGAUAUAAUGAAAAGGAAUAGUGAGGUUUAUAAACAAUACACGGAGCAGAACCCAAAUCGAGGAUGAUACGAUUAAUACCAUGUGCACACAUGUUUAUAUCUUACAAGAUUGAUUUAUUGGCCAUGUGGUCUACUGAACGAGUACAGCCAGCAUUCGUUAUAAGAGCCAUUACUUUGUUUAAUUUAGAACGAAUUUACAUUUACGUCUAUGUAUCUGGAAUAUGGAAUACAAUGGCCUUCAAGUUGCAAGGGGCCACGUAUAAAGAUAAAAACAACUUGUUUGCGAUGUUGGUACCAAAUGUUCACUGUUGCCCACAAGGGGAACAUUAUACCUGUCAAUGAAUAAUUUGAUGGUACGUUGCAUCUCACCAUGAGUGGUAACUGUAUUGAUUUCGUAACAGAAGAACCGGACAAAUUUUCGGUUUGGUUAAGUUCUAUCAAAAUGUUUAUUGAUUGGUCAAUAGAUAUCCAAUAAAAAAACUACUAAGCAAUCAAAUCCUUUUAAUGAGUCAGCUAGCAAAAUCUGUAACCUGUGGACAAAUCAAAGUGUUACACAAUGGGCUGCAGAUUUCCAUGAUGUUGAAUUAUUUUAAAGAUAAAUAGAAGAGUAACGUCUAUUUCAAACAAAAUAAGUGUGUCUUUUGUGCGUUUAUUACGUAAAAUAAUUGUUUUCUGAAUAGCUUAGUGUAUGGAAUCUUGUGUAUCAUAAAAAAAUCGAGAUUUUAUGAACGUGUCAAUAGAAUAAGUGUGAUUACAACUCAACUCUCUACAUACCAACUGUAGUUGUGUGACGUUAUAAGUUUACAAAAAAUCUGAAUUGAUCCAAUUCCCAAGUGUAACACAAAUACGAUUAGUUUAAAUUGUGUAACGAAUUAUGUGCUAACAUCUGUCUACAUCAACUGAAAUCCGCGGAAUUUCUGUGCUGAAUACAUUUUUUUCUUUGUUUUGCAACUAAAUCUUUGUUAACUUCCUUAUAUUUUCCUGACGUAUUUGUUUUCUAUGUAUAGGUAUGUGUAUGUUUUCUCAGUAUUAAACAUGUCUCUUUUUCUGACGGUUUAUUGUUCUCUCAAUUUCUAGGACAAUUUCUUAGCCGAGUUUAUUUAGUGUGUUUUAAGGAUUAGUUCGAAAUUGUAAAUAACAGUCCUUUAAUAAUAUAGCAGUCUUCUCGACAUCCUUUAAGUGGUAUUUCAUGUAAAUGUGUGAUGUCAAAUGCAGGCUCUAUUAGAGUAGGUAGCUAAUGAUUAAGUCAAAGAUAGAGUACAAUUGGUAAAACAAUCCAAUUUUAAAGUACUAUUGUCCAGGCCUUACAAAAUACCUUGGUUUCACACCAUCGCUGUAUAGGACCAUUGAAAGACAAUACAAAUUGUAUGUAAAAAUGAACUUCGAACCAUAAUACGCUUAAAAAAAACAUUCAUUUAAAAUCAAUACAUACACAUGUUUAACAAACAUAAUUUUUGAGUGAUAAACCUUUACCUACUUACUAAAUAAUGCAUCUACGGAAAAUAUUUAUAACUGAUAACAAGAUUAUAAUCGUGUAUUUAAUGGCUGAAAACUCAAAAAUAUUAAAUGAUUGGUGAGUGCGAAAAGAUUUACUGUGAUAACUAUCGUCUCAUAAGGCAGAAAUGCCGUGUUUUAUGCACCUUUCUUUCAAAUUAAACUCGGAAUCCUUCAUUAGAACCAUUGUUUUCGACAUUUAUUCAUUCUUUUUGCAAUAUUAAAACAUGUGAAUGCAUUGUGGUAAAACUUAUUUGGGAGUAAGAGUGCAUGUUUAAGUUAUAGUGUAUUUAAUGUUCUUGUUUUGCAGUUGUUCAAAUGUUUUAUAACUUAACUUGAAUGUUUGACUACUGGGCUUGUCCCUGUAUUUCGCCUUGUAUUAUUCAGAGAAACAUUGAUAAAUAUAACCAGAGAAUGUG